GGGGACGGUGGGGCAGACCCGCCCCCGCCGCUCCGCGCUCACAAGGUGCCGGAGCCGCAGCGAGCGCAGCCGCCCCGCUCCUCGCCAUGCCCAACUUCGCCGGCACUUGGAAGAUGAGGAGCAGCGAGAAUUUCGACGAGCUGCUUAAGGCUCUGGGUGUCAAUGCCAUGCUCAGGAAGGUGGCGGUGGCUGCCGCCUCCAAGCCCCACGUGGAGAUCCGCCAGGACGGCGACCAGUUCUACAUCAAAACUUCCACCACUGUCCGCACCACCGAGAUCAACUUCAAAAUCGGGGAGAGCUUUGAGGAGGAGACGGUGGAUGGGCGCAAGUGCAGGAGUUUGGCCACUUGGGAGAAUGAAAACAAGAUCUAUUGCAAACAAACUCUUAUUGAGGGAGAUGGUCCCAAAACAUACUGGACUCGAGAAUUAGCUAAUGAUGAGCUGAUUUUGACCUUUGGUGCUGAUGAUGUUGUAUGCACAAGAAUUUAUGUAAGAGAGUAAAAACAUCAAUUUACUUGUCAUCUGGGAUGAAGUGGAGAACUGUGAAAAUCCCCAGUGUAAUGAGUAUCUGUGUGUGCUGUUACUAAUGCGGUGUUGUAUGUGACCAUGUGCAUUAUAUCUGAACCCAUAUUCUCUGUUAAGUGUAUUUUGCUUUCAUUUUUUAUCGCAGACACUAUUCCUUCCCACUUUUAUGCCAUCAUUUUUUGUGUCUGCUUUGUAUUCUGUAGUUGUCACUUGCUAUGGUUUCAUCAAUUAUUAAACUUAUAAAACU